AUGUUCUUUGGACUUGAUCAGUGGCUAACGGAGUCGAGUUCCCGAUGCAAUAUCAACAUGAAGGUCGGUUCUUGUCUUUUUCUAUCUAGAAGUCAACAAAAACUUCAGAAAUCCGUUCUCUGCGCCGUUUCGUUUGUCCUUCUGCUCGCCCUCGGUAUCAUGGAAUUCUUCUUCAUUGACCACUUUCGCCUCGUGACGCCAUCUACCGGUUUGACCUUGGCUUGACCCUCGGCAUUCAAAAUAACUGAUUUUUGUCCGUAAAAAAACCGCAACAAAGUUUGAUGUCAAAGUUUUUGUAAAAAGCCAAGAUUUCAUUAAACCAAUUCUUCUUCAGAAAAAAUGUAACUUCUAUUUGGAUUAUCGCUCACAACUUUUACGAAUUAAAAAAAUCUUCCAUUGAAACCCUAAAACUCAAAAUUUUCACCUGAGAAAACUUCAAAGAAUGAUGAAUUAUUUGAAAAAAUUGCUAAUAAAUCUUUAUAAUUUUAGUUAAAAAAACUUAUUUUUUUCCGUUGCAUCUAAGGCUUUCUGAGGUCUUAUCAAUUGAGUCUGAUUUGAGCGUAACUAAAAAAAAAGUAGCUCAUAUUUCUGAAAAUGAAUCAUAACUUGAGCCUAGACAAGUCUUCGCAUUUAUCUUUUUUUUACUUGAUAAUUAAGAAAAGUUUAUGAACGGUUAUUUCAUCAAAUGUGUUAGGUGGAGCCGCAGAAAAGUUGAAGGAAAUCUUUCCGUUUGUAGACAUCGAUGUUCCUAGCCCUUAACAAAUCAUACUUUCUGACGAUGCCAAUUGAGGAGAACUUCAAUCCUUUCUCGGAGAAAUCCUUGUAAAUAAUUCCCCAAAUUUUCUAGGACACGCGAUUCUAUUUUUGGUGGAACUAAUAUGUUUUCUGGUCUUCAUCCACGCUCUCUUCAGCGAAAAAAGCACGCUGUUCUUGCCGUUCGCAAUCGCUGAAGUGAGAAUUGGCUUUGUUAUGCUCCUAAUCGGAAUAUUUGAAGCUUGUGCGCUCGAUUGCGAUUUCAUGCCUGGUUAUUUACUACAUCGUACGCAUGUUUAUGGAUGGGGGAAAAGAGUACGAAAGGUGAGCAAAUUUAUAACAGGUUAAUAUUUUGAGAUAUACGGAGCAUCGUAUGUGAGAAUAGAUGCUUCUUAAUGGAUGAAAACUGAAAUCUCAAAAAUUUUUAUUCAUUUCAAGCAUUUUUUUCGAUUGGUUUCCCAUGUAGUUAAAAAGUCGUGGAAAUAAAUAAUAUGAACUGCCAGUAAAUUUGAAUUCUUUACCACAAACGAAUCAAAGCUCUUGGAGUUUUCAAAAUCUCGCAAACUUUGAUGAAUUCCGUUUCUCAGAAGUUUUCAAAGCCCGAGAAGCUGAAUGAUUCAAAAAAAAAAGAUAAAAAAGUUGUGCUAUCAUCGGAGUUUUUCCCAGUCCCGAUAUAUGGAGUAAAAUUUGCUACACAUUUUUUUAAUCGAAUAGAAAUAGAUAGAGAAAAAUUUCGAGUGUCCAACAAGAAUGAUUCUGAAACAAUUGAUUUUGAGCAUUUUCAGACCUGUCAUCAACGUUCCCGGGCUAGUCUACGACAGUGAACACCGAAGCUGUCAGUUUCAUUUCUGAAAUCGGAAAAAAAUUUUUGAUUUUUAGUGAGAGCCGCUGGCAAACUUCUCGGCCAUAUCACCUUCACAUUGGUCGGCCACUGUCUUCUGCUCUCGAUUGCUUACCGCUGCUACCAGGUGAUCCCUAAUAGGUUCUUCAGACACGGCAAAAGUUAUUUUCUUUCUAAGAACAAGAAUAAAACCACGCCCGGUCGAAUAUUGUUUACUGAGCUCAAAUCUCGGCAAAUCAGCCUCAAUCUUCAAUUACUGUCUCUUAAAUUUCUGUAGUUUGAGGAUAAUUUCCAAAGAUGUAUUUGAGAAGAAAAAUUUUUUGAAGCAUCAGGCUUUCAACUUUUUUUCCAGCUCUACUCUCGUCACGCUCGACACUCCCUUUCCACAGAAGUCUACCGUACUUCCCAUCCGAUGCAUUCUGUAAUUGUGCUGGAGCAACCCAUUGAACAGGCCAUGUACGGCAAAAAAGUUUGA